GACGUUGGACGAGGUGGACGUGCGAGGCAAGAGCAGGCAGGCGGCGCUGGCGGUCACUCUUCUUUCUGUUGCCUUGGGUGUGUUGUCUCGGGGAGGUAUGCUUCUCACCUCUGGCCCUCUACCUGCCUGUUGACGUCGGGGACUCGAGACAAACUGAUUCGGUCUCGGUGCCAGGUGUCCGAACAUGACCUUGGCGGAGGCGGCAGCAGCCUUAGACAGACUCCUGGCGGGCCAGAGUAAGGAGUUCCACGCCGCAUCCAUCAGCUCCUCCAAACGGACCCCUUACCUUCCUCCCACUUGCUGGAGUGCCUCGGCUUCAGUGCCCGUGAGCCCUCCGUCUCCGCCACAUCCGUCCAACAGCAGGGCGUCCUUCCUCGAGUAUACGCAGCCGCUCGAAGAAUUCUCUCCCUCAUCUAGGACCGAGGUUGAUAAGCACGGCACCCCCAAAGACGAGAGCCAGCAACACGCGCCGCCCAACCUUCCCCUUCACGACAGUUCACUCCCCCCUCCCCACCCAGAGCUGCCCCACCACAGCACUCCCUCACUACCAUUACCUACCCUAAGCUCUUAUAAUGCUUCCCACUCCGCCCCUCCCCCUCCCUUUACCCCUGCCUCCCACUCCUCCUUACUCACACUUGUUUCUCAUUCAGCCUCCCUUCCUGCCCCGCCCUCUGAUUCUGACCCUCCAACGUCCCUUUCCUCCUUUCCCCUUCCGGCUUCCCAUACAGAUAUCCCCGGUUCCUUGCCCUCUGCCCAUGCUUGCCACUCUGUCCCGACCUACUCUCCAGCCUCAUCAUGCCCACUCCCUGUCACCUAUUCCGUCACUCCUUCCUUCCACCCUACCCCCGUCUCCCUUCCUCCCCUUGCCUCCCACUACACACAUCCGAAGAGCUCUGUCCCUCCUUCCCUCUCCACCCUUGCUUACCACUCCAUUUCUUCCUCUUCCUCCCACUCCGCCCUCAAGUGUACCUCCCUACCUGCCCCUCCUAUUCUAGCACUAAAAGCCUCCCAGAUUACCCCACCCUCACCGUCCCUCCCCUGCUUCACAGCUUGUAGUACUCAAAUACAGCACGGGGUGCGCUGUUGCCGUGGGGAGGUCGGAUGGGGGCAGGUGACAUCAUUAGACACACCAGAUCCAACCAAAUUCAAGACUGAGCUGUGUCGGUCCUUCCAGGUGCACGGCUACUGCAGGUACGGCACCAGAUGUAACUACGCCCACGGACUGCACCAGUUGCGCGGCGCCACUCACCACGGCAAGUACAAGACACGCAACUGCAAGUCCUACCAUGAGACAGGUUGCUGCCGCUACGGGGCCCGCUGCUCCUUCAUCCACGACCCCGAGGAAGGUGUUCUCAAGUGCUCUAUCGCUAACAAGGAGGUUCUGGAGGCACUCCACUACUCCCCGGGCAACGAGGACGAGUACCGCACUGCCAAGAUCACGUGGAGGCUCGUUGGCGCCUCCUCCAGUCCACCGCCCGAGCUCCACUUCUUAACUUCCAAUAAAUGGUGCGGCCAGCACGGUGACGUGGGGUCAGACUGUGAACCACAAGAAUGCCAGCACAAAUCAGAUCUCAUUAGUUCCCUUCCCGCCGUUAGAAGCGUCUCAUCAGCGGCAUCUAAGGAGCAAGAAGGCCUGUACAAGACCUCAGCGUCGUUGUUGCGAAGCGGCAAAAAAAAUGUCUCAAAGACGGAAACGCCUACGUCGCCCCUGAAGAGGAAACACUCAGCAAGUGAGUUUGACUUCAUCUCCCCGCAGAGUCCUCUUCGGCCCCAGACACCAGUCAGCAAUGCCAGGUUUCCCCUGCAUUCAGAGGGAAGUUUGAGUGUCCCGGCACCACGUGGCGGCGGCAAGCGUGGAGGAGUCGGUGUCGGCUUGUAUAAUGCCAAGGAGCUGCUGGAUCUGGAGGUGGUGCAAAGUAUCCUUAAGGGAGGACGACGCUACUCAACGACGCAGUGGAGCCCAGCCGACGAUGAGAUGGACGCUGCGAGGUGUCACUUGAGCUUUUCUGGCGGUGAGUUGUUGAAGCCCAGAUACAGUGAGAUCACAAACUUUAGAUUUGAGGCCAACUAUGUCAGCAGGAGAGGAUCGUCCUGCAAGAGGGAAUACUUACCAAGGCAACACCAGCGUGAUGACACCUGGGUCAGCGAGGUGAAGCCACUAUUCGUGGAGCGGCCGGUUCUGUGCAGCACUCUGCAGAGCGAUUCUGACUCAGAGGCCAGCGGUGGCGGCGGCGACGGCGGAUGCAGUGGAUGGCAGCAGCUGUCUGGCCUAGUACAGGAACAGUCCCACACUGCAGAGACGUGGCCGGAGCGGGGCAGAGUCGGGCGGCAAUGUGGGUCCACCAGGCACUGUCAUGACCUAUCUAAGUAUAAGACGGAGCUGUGCCGCUCUUAUCAGUAUAGCAGCCACUGCGGCUACGGGGACGCGUGCCUCUACGCCCAUGGCACGCUGGAUCUGCGCUCGUGCCCGCGCCACCCGAUGUACCGCACCAAGCAGUGCUUUAGCUUCCACUACAAGGGUUACUGUCUGUACGGCAGCCGGUGCCAAUUUGCCCACGAUAUUGACUAGCUAACGCCCGCACCCCAGUGGGACUUCUCGCGGCACGCAUGACUCAUGAGAUAAGGGGCGACACCCCACCGGCCCUUCUCGCUUCCCCAGUAUGCCUGCGGGUGGGGAGGGGGGAGGUGUUAGCCAUGAAUCUGACUGAUUGGUUUAAUACGUAAAGUUUUAUUGAGGAGGAAGUAAAUUUCCUUUGUAACUCAAUUAAGUUUUCUCUUAGUUCAUUGCGAUUCAAAUGCUGUUUUUUUAUUAUUUUUAUUUUUUCUGUACGUUUAAAAUUAGAAAUUCCCUUAUUUAUAUAAUAUUUUAUGAAGAGUAUGUAUUUAUGAUGCCGGACGGCCUUGCGUCGUGGCCUGAAAGGUGCACACGUAUGUCUAUCUUUGUGUUAAUGAUCUAUGUGCGUUAUUUAAGAGGCUCACGGCGUGACACCAGUGUGCGGCCGCGUCCAGGCUGGGUGAACAAUGAAACACACUUGGUUUUGCAUUUAUUUUUAUGUUUGGGAAAAA